AUGGCUUUAGGUCUCAGAGUCACUGCAACCCAAAAAGAAUAUCCAUUCGAAUUAUCAACAAAUGAGCUUUUAGCUCAUAAGCUAUUCCUUCAAGAUUAUAAAGAAGAAAUUUCACAAUCAAUGUACGAUACUGCUCAAAUUUACAAACCAGAUUUAAACCUAAUUAAUCAACAACCAGAAUUAAAACCAUACCUUAGAACUAAUUUAUUAGAAUUCUUAUUGAAAAUUUCAAUAAAGACAAAAGUUACAACUGGUAUUUUUUAUCAAAGUGUUAGAAUUUUUGAUAGAUAUUGUUCCAAAAGAAUUGUUUUAAAAGAUCAAGUACAAUUGGUCCUAGUCACAUGUCUAUGGUUAAGUGCUAAAACUUAUGGUGGUUGUAAUCAUAUCAUUAAUAACACAAAUGUCCCAACUGGUGGUAGAUUCCAAGGUCCAAAUCCAAGAUCAAGAAUCCCAAGAUUAUCAGAAUUGGCUCAACUUUGUGGUAAAAAUUCAUAUGAUCAUUCAUUGAUAUUUGAUGAAAAUAUGAUUAUUCAAAUGGAAAGACAUAUCUUGAAUACAUUAAACUGGGAUGUUUGUGAACCACAAUUAAACAAUUGGUUAAUGAAUUUUUAUGAAAAUAAUUAUAUUCAGUUUGAAAAUUUACCAGAAUUUAAAACGAAAUGUGAUAUCAUCAAUUUGAAAAAAUUCCUUGCAGAAAUUUCAAUCUUUGAACAAAAAUUAAUUAAAUUACAUCCUUCACAAUUAUCAUACAUCAUUUUCCAAAUCCUUGGUGAUUAUUUCCAUGAAACUUUUGAAUCUGAUUUAUUAUUCCCAAUCAAUAUGUCAACUGAUCAAAUUUCUUAUUAUAAAAACUUAAUCUUGGAUAAAAUCUUAACAACCUCAGAUUCAAUCUUAAACCAUUAUUUCCAACAACAAGGUAUAAGACAAUUCUAUAAUAACUUAUUAACACUAUUGAUAAGAUCAGAUUCAUCAUCAACAAUUUACAAAACUCCAUCAAAAUCAUCAUCAAUCUCAUCAUUUUCAAUUGCAACACCUCCAUCUUAUUCACCAAAUUUUACAAAAAAACCAAUGUUACCAACACCUCCAACUUCAAGAAGAGGUAGUCCUGCAGGAGUUUUUAUUGAUCAUAAUAAUAAAUUGAAAAUCAUGAAUAACCCUGGUUUUUCACCACCAUUAACACCUGUUGAUCAGUUAUAA